CAUGUAGGGCGGCACCAAAGGCGGAGGAGGCACCCUUGUGCCCUUGGUGUGGCAGGUGAUGCUGACAUUGGCCUAAGCAAGGCCUUUCUCGUGACUGUAGGCGACACGGAUGGAGUCCUGGGUGGCAACGCCAAUAGAGUCCUGGAUGGUGCCCUUUGCACGGGUGGAGGUGACGCCGAUGGAGUCCAAGGCGGUGCCCUUCGCGUAGUUGGAGGCGAUGCUGACGCUAGCCUGGACAGUGCCCUCCACACGAAGGGAGGUGACACCGAUGGAGAUCUAAGUGGCGCCGCAGCUAGAAAUGAUUCAAGGGGCUUGGGCAAUGCAGGCAGUGUGGACAACACCCUUGGCGUGGCUGGAGGAGGUAUGUGCGACAUCGGGGAGAAAACUGAUGGCACUAAUACACGCACAGGCACUGAUGCUCGCACAGGCAAACUGCUUGGUGACAGUUCUGGCUCUAGGGGCAGCUAUCCAACGUCCAUAGUGGGUACCGAGCAAGAGCGUUAA